UUGUCACAAUACGGAUGCGGAAGAAAUAAGGCUGAAUAAAGUUAAGAGCUGUUUGGGGAUGGUUAUUACUCUGUUCUGAAGAAGUUCGAGCUCUAUACGUUAUUUGGAGUUUAAAACGGUUGAGACUUUAACGUUUCGCUGCCAGCAUGGCGCAGAAGGUGCUUGUGACAGGCGGAGCAGGUUAUAUAGGUAGUCACUGUGUGGUGGAGCUGAUCGAGGCGGGAUAUCAGCCGGUCGUCAUCGACAAUUUCAGCAAUGCUGUCCGAGGAGAAAAUGGCGAGCCUGAGAGCCUGUGCAGAAUAGAGAAGUUUCUCAACACCAAGAUUGAGUUCCAGGAGCUGGACUUGCUGGACAAACCAGGCCUGGAGAAAAUCUUCAAGCAGCACUCUUUCUAUGCUGUGAUGCACUUUGCCGGGCUGAAAGCUGUAGGGGAAUCGGUGGAAAAGCCGCUGCGCUACUACAGGGUCAAUCUUACGGGUACCAUCAACCUGCUGGAGGUGAUGCAAGCCCAUGGGGUGCACAACAUAGUUUUCAGUAGUUCUGCGACCGUAUAUGGCGAUCCUCAGAAACUCCCCAUCGAUGAGCAGCACCCGGCUGGAGGCUGCACCAACCCUUACGGCAAAACCAAGUUCUUCAUCGAGGAAAUGAUCCGGGAUCAGUGCAAUGCAGAGAAGGACUGGAAUGCCGUGUUGCUCAGGUACUUCAACCCCAUUGGUGCUCACAUCUCAGGAGAGAUUGGUGAAGAUCCACAAGGAAUCCCAAACAACCUCCUACCAUAUGUUGCCCAGGUGGCCAUCGGCAGACGAAAGCAUCUCAGUGUGUUUGGAAAUGACUACAAGACAAUUGAUGGAACAGGAGUCAGAGACUACAUUCAUGUGGUGGACUUGGCAAAGGGACACAUUGCAGCUCUGAAGAAGCUGAAGGACAACUGUGGCUGCAAGGUGUAUAACCUGGGUACAGGUACUGGCUACUCUGUGUUACAGAUGGUAAAAGCUAUGGAGAAAGCCUCAGGAAAACAAAUUGCAUAUGAAAUCGCUCCCCGGAGGAACGGAGACAUUGCCUCAUGCUAUGCAGAUCCUCGCCUGGCAGAGCAGGAGCUCAGCUGGAAAGCUGACUUUGGUCUAGAGAGGAUGUGUGAAGACCUGUGGCGCUGGCAAUCCAAGAAUCCCACAGGCUUCACUAACGGCAUGAUGGAAUGAAUUGGUAACGUGGAUAUGAUGACCAGCUGAAACUAAUCUCGACUGAAGCAGAGCCAUGGACCUCCUCUUUUUUUUUUUUUUUAACACACUUCUGAUUCAACUUGAAGAAACCUUAUGACACAAUGAAUGCAUUUCUCAAUGAUUCUGUGCUUUUUCUAUGCUUUUAAAUUAUUAGCAAACCAUCAUCUUGUUAAUGAGUCGUUGUUUUUCUUAUCAUUCCUCAAGGUUAUUUCUAAUCUAAAUCUUAUACUGGGCCAAAUGUUACUUUUUCUUUAUACCUGUAAGGGAAUUAAAUUAAUUCUUUUUAAAAAGA